GAAGGAAGAGUGGGAAUGUUUUUUAUAUUUUGAAAACAUUUGCUCUACCAGGCCAACCAAUGUGUUACAUUGAUAGGGUGCAACAGGUGGUUUAAAAUGUUCUCUCCCUGGACCCGGAAUACCUUUCUGUUCCUACAAUUAUGUAACAGCAUUUUAGGAGUGAAUGUGAGAUGUACAAAUGAAACCAACAGGCCACUGACAAAUGCCCACGUUUAACAUGGAAUGCUGACCAUGUAUAUAAUAUGGAACAUGAUUUUAUCUGUGGUGAAAUAUGAGUCAGAAAUGUGCUUUACUGUCAUGCCAGUACUAUAUAUUGCUAUAACUCUAUUACAUAGGAUAUAAAACCCACAGAAGAAAUCAUAUCUGUUCAGCUGCCGGAUUCAGGACUGCACAAAGGUAUGCAAGCCAAAUUGUGCCUAGGUCUAUUGAUGGCUAAUUUCAGAAUUGUUUGCAACUCGGUUUCUUCUUCCUCCAGUGACUCAUGUAGCCGGUUUCUUCUUCCUCCAGUGACUCAUGUGGCUUGAUCUUAUGCACGUUUAUUCAAAAACACAUUCAGCCUUUUUACCUACGCAAAAGACUAUAGCCACACAGUCCAAUAGUAGUUUUGAAAACCGAACAGCAGUGUCAUUAUCAUAACAUGGUGUACAAGCCUGUAAGUUCCUCGGCACUUUUCAUAAAGCUGGCUGUUCAGUACCAAAAACAACAACCGGAGAACAAUUUUUAAUUGCAGACUUUAACCGUCCCUUCCCCCCCGCGCCAACUCUCUUUUGUAUUCUACAUCGCAGCAGAACUACAGCAGUCUUUCAGUUGGAAAAGCAACAUUAGCUAUCACCCGCUUUUUGUAAAUCCCACUUUCAAUAAGAGGAAAUUCUCUUCUACUGACUUUCUCACAAAGUUCCGCUUAGGAAAAUGGGAAGCUGCCCUUCCUUCUGGAAGCCCUCAGUGCCUCCUCCUGGUACUGCAUGGCACACCACACGCCAGGAGAGUCUUCUCGGUCGGCCGCGCUAGUUUGCUCCCGAUCUCGCUCCUCCGCCCAAGAGUUCUACUCUUCUGUGUCGUUGCCCAGACAACAGUAGAGGACUCCAACCGAGCCACCACUCCAUCCGGGUUACCAAGAAAGCCGGUCGAAGGUCAUCACCCACUUCUUACAUGCCGCUGGUAACUUGGGUAUGUACGCAUUUGUUUACAUUUAUUUACGCUGACCUCGGGCUAUGUAUGUUGACUGACGCAACGGCUGCUACAUCCGGGUACUUCAGCUUAUUGCUUCCGGUUCGCGAGGAGCCCGAGCGGCCGGAUUCUAGUUCCGGUGCGGCUGGCUCCCGCGGCUCUGGUUGAGGGUUUCUUUUGAGCAUAUGUUACAAAGAUGGCUGUCUCUCUUAUUAUAAAAUGGGGUGGGCAAGAAUUCUUGAUAACUACCCUAUCAGAAGAGGACACAGUGUUAGAUCUCAAGCAGUCUCUGAAGGGGCUUACUGGAGUGCUGCCAGAGCGCCAAAAGCUUCUUGGACUAAAAGUGAAAGGCAAACCAGCAGAGAAUGAUGUUAAGCUUGGAACACUGAAACUGAAACCAAAUACUAAAAUUAUGAUGAUGGGGACACGUGAAGAAAGCUUGGAAGAUGUCCUUGGGCCACCCCCUGACAAUGAAGAUGUGGUCAAUGACUUUGAUAUUGAAGAGGAAGUUGUUGAAGUGGAGAACAGGGAAGAGAAUCUACUAAAAAUCUCUCGCAGAGUUAAAGAGUACAAGGUGGAAAUACUAAAUCCUCCAAGAGAAGGGAAGAAAUUAUUGGUUCUGGAUGUUGACUACACCCUAUUUGACCAUAGGUCAUGUGCAGAGACUGGAGUUGAACUGAUGAGGCCGUACUUGCAUGAGUUCCUGACGUCUGCGUAUGAGGACUAUGAUAUUGUAAUUUGGUCUGCUACUAAUAUGAAGUGGAUUGAAGCUAAAAUGAAGGAAUUGGGAGUGAGCAACAAUGCCAACUACAAGAUAACCUUUAUGUUGGAUAGUGCUGCCAUGAUAACUGUGCAUACUCCAAGGCGAGGAUUAAUUGAUGUGAAACCUCUAGGUGUUAUAUGGGGCAAAUUUUCAGAGUUUUACAGUAAGAAAAAUACGAUCAUGUUUGAUGACAUUGGACGAAAUUUUCUGAUGAAUCCACAAAAUGGACUUAAGAUAAAGCCCUUCAUGAAGGCACAUUUAAACAGAGAUAAAGAUAAGGAGCUUCUAAAACUUACUCAGUACCUCAAGGAAAUAGCAAAAUUAGAUGACUUUUUAGAGCUGAACCACAAACACUGGGAAAGGUACCUUGCAAAGAAGCAAAGCCAAUAGCUUUAAUUUGGGAAGCAAAAUGUAGAGACCCUUUGACCUUUCCUCCUGUGUAAACUAGAAUAAAUAGUGCUGGACACUGACUUAGCCACCAGAGUGACUCUUUACACAUGGUCUUACUAUUGAUUUGCUCUGUUUGAAGAUUACAACGAACAGUGGAAAAGAAAAACAACUGCUCUUCUUGUGUUUCUUCUCUGGUGUUACCAUUUAAAAUAAUAUCAUCUGUACUGCUACUAUAGUAUUCCCAAGGUUUAAAGCCAUGCUGUUCUGCAACGGGGAAGAAGUUCAGACCAAAAAACCCCCAAAACAUGCAAACUAUGGAGCCAAUUUCUGCCAUUUUCUGUUAUAGAACUCUCUUUCCUCCCCUGUUAUGGUAUUUAAGUUUAUGAACUAUAAGCUGUCUAAUUAUGUAUUAGUAUGUCAAGUGUUCCUUUGUGCAAGACAGUUUUGCAGCAGAAAGCAUCACUAGAGGACAAAAGCGCCUUUGUGUGUAGAUCUUGAUAAAACUUGGAUUGCAUAUGACUGGAGAAUAGGGGGAAUUUUUAAAGAAAAUAACAAUGUUUUGUCUGGAAGCAUUCUAUUUUUUAAAAAAUACUUCUGUUCAGAGGAAAGUUUUAAUCCUGAAGAGAGCAGAGUACUAAUUCCUUAAAGCAUGAGCAUUAGUUGUUCUGUUCUUGUUAAUUUUUGUGAGGAUACAUUCUCUUUGAAUGGCAGUAUUCAGCCACAGCUGUUCUAAAAUGUUAGGUAAUUUGUGCUGCUUCAGCCUGCACUGUGGAAGUUUGGUGUGACCAUUGUCUCACAUUACUUGACAGUCCCUUAUCAUGCCAUUCUUGUAUUUGGAAGCAGACUGCCUCUUUCAGAUAAAGACUGCAUAUAUUGCUCUUAAGGAACUUUGGCAGGUGUGCUAAUAAUAAAUGCCUUUUCUUAAAA